CAAAGCAACCAUAUGAUUAUUACUCAUUCCAUAGUGUGUAAAAUACCAAAAUGUAUAAAAAGUGAACAAAAAGUUUAAAAAUAUAAAAUCAAUUAAUUAUGGCUUCAUGUCAUGCAGUUUGCACCGCCGGACUUAUACACCUCCUACUUGGUAUGUUAGUUUCGCACGCUGAUAGCUGUUCACCUGCUCCGGACUUGGGCCAAUGGAUUUUCGUGGGAGCGCUCAUGCUGAUGGCUACAGAUAUUGCAAUGUAUCCGGAGCGUUAUAUGCAUUUGCCCUACGCAAUUCAGUUUCUGGUGGAGGUGAUCGGAUGUUUGGCUAUUCUCGAGUUUUUUACGAUCGUGGUGUGGUGCAAGCUGGAGUCCCUGAUCCAUCACACUAUGCGGUUGGUGUCUUUAUCCUUGGGGAUGAGCGAUGAUGGAUACCUGAACUGGGAGUAUUGGCUUCUGUUGAUCCCUACAGCGGCACUGGCUGGCGUUUUAUUUUGUUUAAUGAAGAUGGCUGUAAUACCACUCUUCGAUUUAAAGUCGGUCUAUAGAAAGCAAGUAACUCAAGUACAACUGGACAUGAAUGUUUACACGGACCUGGCUAUUAAGCAAAAACAAAGAUUGAGGAGGAAGAAGUAUAAUUUAAAGAAAUCAUAAGGUCUUAAAAUAUUAUAUAUUCAUUAAUUAUAGUCAAUAAUUUAAGUGUUAAAAUUUUAAGUGUUAUCUUUAAGGCUAAUGCAAUAAACAGUUUAUGUACACAA